GAACAUGACGGACGGCCGACCACGUCGGUUAUAACCUAGGCGAACUGCAGUAACGAUAGUGUCGGCGUGGUCGUACGGUGACUCCAGUGUGAUGGGCACGGCGGGUGGAGCUGGAGGACGACGGUGAGAAGGCUGGUGAUAAGAUUAGCAACAGUAGGUUGAGGUGAAGGGCAGUCCGAUGGUUGGGGCAAAGGUGCUGGAUGGGGACUGGAGAAAUGAACGAUGAGAGUUCUGACAGACUUGAAGGCGAUGACGGAUGGUUGGCAGAAGAUGGUGAAGGAUGGGACGAGGUGGAAACGGGGUGAAGGGUGGUAUCAGGGAACAGGCUGCACGAGCACACUUGCAGCCGGCAAGACGGGCAGGCUUACGGACGAUUUUCGCGAGACGAAGAACGUUGGUGAUGACGACGAAGUAGGUGACGACGGAGACGACGAGAUAAGAGGAGACGAAGACGACGAAGUAGGUGACGAUGGAGACGACGAGAUAAGAGAGGACGAAGACGGCCACGUUGACGGGAUCGAGGCGAACGGCGGCGGCGGCGGGGUGGGUCGGCGCGGCGGUGCUGGUCAUCGCGGCAAGGCUGGGGGCUGUCUGAACUGGAGAGAAAGCUUCGGGAUCAACUCGCUCACGCCGCUGGGCUACAAGAAGACCUCGGCGCAGCAUCGGCAGCCCAACAAGUCCUCUAGCGGUCCCCAGUAA